AUGAAGGCCUCGUUCAAGAUGACAACUCUGGCAAACGAAGAAAGAAUUCUAAGAGAAAUGGAACGACAACUGCCCUUGUUGCAACCAUAUGACAGUGGGGAGCCGGUUGUCCAAGGGAUCAUUCAGAUGCAUGACUCGAAGAAUGUCGCGACACCGAAUAUGGAAAGAUCACGAAAGGAUGGAUCGUUCUUGAUGAGAGCUUCUAAAAGCCCGAGGAGGAGUUUUUCAUCUCAAACUUCAGCUUUAACGUCCAGAUACAAUGUUGAGAGAGACGUGGUGAAGGCGUAUGAGAACCAGCUUCCGCUACUUUCCCUCGACGAUGGGAACGCGGAGGAAGUACCCGAGGAUAUGAAGGUGAGAAGUCACAAUCAGUAUGAUAAUCUCCGAAGAAGCCAAUCGCCGAAGAGUAUACCAAGUCCUCAAAGCCCAGACUCGCGCUCGUUGAUCCGAAUGAAAAUCACUUUGUUAGACGAAGAAUUCACAAACAACGAAAAUUUGAGCAGACAGAUCAAGGAAGAAAUAGAAAACUUGCUGCCGUCGGUGGAUCCUGAAAGAAUAUCUAUCAUCGUCAAAUCAAAGAAGGAUCUUGUCAAUGUCGAGGUUCAAAUUUUGGACGACCCACAGCAGACAUUGGCCAGGGAGCUUUUGGCGUGCAUUGAGGAUGGAAAGGGAGGAGGAAAACUCCUUGCAAGCGUGCAGGUCGAUCAGAUCUUCUUGUACAGAGCAAAGACAAUCUCGUCCGAAGUGAACAUUCACAAGAUAGGAACCCUUCGAUGGCGAAUAUUUCAGCAUGGCAUUCAUGGCAUUCAGAAGUUAUGUGGAUUCAACUUUCUCAAGUUCGACGCGCACAAUCCCCAUGGUACAGAAAAUACUAAAAAUUUGAACGCCAACAUCCAUCGCGUCAGCAUAGGCCGAACCGUCUACGGAGACUGGGCUGGAGUCCUCAUGCUACCAACAGGACAAAUCUGCAGUAGAACGCCUGGACCAAUUCGGAUCGAGAAAGCCGGAAGCAACGUUGUGUUUGGAUAG